UGGGUUUGCUCAAUGAAUGGUUUACCGACACCUACAGGUAAAUUCUGGUCCGAGUAGACGUAAAUAGACUAGGAGUAGUUGAUUCCUUUGUUUGAUCCCUAGAGUUUGGGCUGGUCAUCUGAUUAAGAGAUGUGUAUUAUAUCAACAUAUAUCGUGGCAUUGUUUGUUCUGUUUAUAGAUAACCAGUGUCAUUUACAACCCACGUGGUGUGAAGUCCCCAUAUCGCAUGAUGUCCACCUGAUGUCUAUUAUAUAUAUUGUCGAGUCGCUGUCGUCCCUCCCAGUACACAGGAUGGUCUAGGGACAGGGAAUUCGGCCAGAGAGAUUAUCCCGGGGGUACGGAGACCAAAGCCGACAGCGACUUUUUACACGAGAAAACUCUGUCCUUCCGUUCGAAGGGAAAACCAAUUUCAAAGGACAAGAUUUGGGAAGAAAUGGACCGGAAGUACAACCUUACCAAACGGAAGCAUGCAGCUGUUAACAAAUUCAAGCAAAUCAACAAAGUGGCGAGAACAAACUUGGAUAGCCAGCUAAAUACAAUGAAAACAAGCUUCGCUAAACGAGAGCGUCAAAUGGUUAAGGAGAAGCGUGCCAUAGAACAAGAACUAACACUGAUCAAAUUUGACCGGAAGUUACCACCGAUUCAAAAUCAGGUUUCGGAAAGUGACAUUGAUCUUCCACAAAGUCCUAUCGCUCGUUCAGAAUCGGACGAUUUAAUAAUACCCGUGUUGGAAUGUAAUGAGUGUAGGUUCGGAACAUCAAAGAAGAGAUGUAAAAACUUUCCAUGCUUUUUGCCCAAAACCUACACCAGUAUCGGCUACCAAAUGACGUCACGAUCGUAUUCGUCACUUCCGAACUACCAAGAGAUGCUCGGAUACAGCCAUGGCCUCCGUCCUCCCACCCGUGUUAAACAGGACCGUAGGACGAUUGAUGAAGGACAGGAAGUUGAAAGCAAACACAAAGCACCACGUGUAACUGUCCAGGAUAGGGAAAGAGGACUUAAACAACUUGUUAAGGAGAUGAGAGAUAGGAACGAGAAAAACAAGCCACGAGAGUGGGCCGUGAACUAUGGACAGCCCUUUCCUCGGCGGACUAUCCUCAAGCCGAUUAUGUUUUCCUCCAGUCUGGUUGUGUAGGCCAGGGACAGAAAGGCUCACUUCAUUUUUGUUAAUGAAUUUCUUUAUUUCAAGUCAAAUAUACCCCGAUAUGAAAACAGCCCUCUGUUGUAAUAUAAGGAUUACACAAUGACGACCGGCAGGUGUUGACAGGAAGUAGAUUAACGUUGUUGUGUCAUUCCGUCUAAGUAAUAUUGUAAGCCCUAUUGUACGUUAUUAUAUCUAAGGGUGGGAGACUUCAAUCGGAUCGAUAACCAAAACGGAUCACUUUUCGCAAAAACAGUUUAAAAUACCUGCUCAGUACAGUCGCGUCCAAUGUUUAUGUUUACAGUUAAAUAGAAAUAGAAAUAGAAGUCCUACUGCAGUACAGAGUUUUAGUCUACAGACGAGUAAUUUACGAGUUCAAGGCAAUAGAAAUAUCGUGUGUUCCAUGUCUGAAAUAAAGCUACGGUUUUUUUUUUAUG